ACCAUUCGGGUGCUCUGCUCUUUCGAGACCAGCGACCAGACGGUGACUCUCAUGAGUACGAACCCCAAUGUCGGCAAAUCUCCCGGCAUUGAUGUCACAUCCCUACAAAACGCGAGGACACGACUGGAGCAACCAAUCACUUCUGUGGUGACGAAUACAGCGCCUCCGCCUUCAGUGAUGAUGAGAAUACUGGACCGCACGGGAAAUGACGCCCAGAUUGUGGGUUUGGGCGAUGAGUUGGUGCUGCGGAUAGAGCUGAAGGACCCGAGCUCUGCAUUUGCUGUAUUCGCCCGAAACCUUUACGCCCGCAGUUCUAACGGCGAGUCUCUGUUUCUGAUCGAUAACACUGGAUGUCCUACAGAUCCGGCUAUAUUUCCGGCUCUUCAGGUCGACCAAAGAGAUAAGCGAUCGCUGUUCUCUACAUUCAAGGCGUUUAGGUUUCCGACUACAGGAGUCGUCAACUUUGAGGUACAGAUCCGUUUCUGUCAGGAGAAGUGUGAACCAGUCAAAUGUGUGUCCGGUUCAGAGUCUUUUGGCAGAAGACGAAAGAGAAAUACCAACGAAGAUAACGAUGAAGACAGUGAUGCCGAGGAAUAUAUCAAUGAAACGGAAACUUUAAGACAAAACGACUCUUUGCAACCAAUUCUUAUACCCAAUGAUGAAGCGAUUCUUGCGAUUCGUAAACGUGUGAAAGGGAUUAGAGUUAAUAAAACGGAAAAUAAAAAUCUUGUUUUCCGUAACCGAAGCGCUCUAAUGGAGGAUUCAAGUAAUUCAAGUGUCACUUCUGAACCGUUACCACAACCCCAACCCCAACAACAGCAACAAACACUGCCGCUUAAACCUAAUCCAAGUCCUGCACAAUCAUUACCUGACACUAAACCUGUUGUCGGAAGCUCUCAAAGCACUGAAUCAUCCGUCAAAGUGACUGUUCCUUCAUUUCCUCAAUCGUAUGGCUCUAAUGAUGUGAAAAACAAUGGAAACAAAAUCUACGAAAGCUAUGGCUAUAAUAACCCCUCACUCUCUGGCCAACAACAACCUCCAUCAUAUCCACCAGCACAGCCUUACCCACCAGCACAGUCAUACCCACCGUCUCAGUCAUACUUACCGUCUCAAUCAUAUCCACCAUCUCAACCAUACCCACCAUCUAUGCCAUACCAUCCACAUCAAGCAUAUCCACCAUACGUACAGCAGCCGGUUAUGGGACAUCACUUAUACUCAGAGCAAAAAUCAGUCACUCAUUUGCCGCCACAAUAUAUAAACCGAAACGACUACUUCCCUCAACAGGAAUCGCCGCCAACCACCACACAAAAACCCACCAGAAAAACACGGCCACCACUCCAUCCCGCAUACCUAGAAUGGGGUGAUUCCCGACCCUCGAGACCACCUCCUCGGCCCUCACCGCGACAUAAGAUAAUAGCAUCGACUGAAAAACCCCAAACACAAGAGGUUCCGCUCUCUCUGACACUUAUGAUGAAGAAGUUAUUCAAACUGAAGAAUGCGAGGAUUGUAACACAGGCAUUGCGGUCUAAGAUGUCUACUAAACAAGUGCUGGACUCGGAAGAAGAUAUUACAAGAAUAGACCACAACAUCAGUGCUAGCAAUCAGGCGCUUAAUAGUAAUGUCUUUUACGGGAACAGAGAACUAGGGUUUAGGACAUCACUGCCCAGUAGUACAUCCUUUGACUUCACUCAUCACUAA